UUACUCGUUCACCUCCCAUCCACCACCCUCCUUGGACUCAGCCCGCCGACCAUGUUCUCGACUACUACGCAAGGCUUCCUAGGUCUCACACUCAUUCUUAUCCUGCGGUGGGCCUCGCAGAAGAUGUUAGAGAGAAGGAAAGGUCCUCAUCCGCCCGGUCCUCCUGGUCUGCCAUUGCUCGGGAACCUGCUCGACGUACCAGACGACCCGACGUGGAUGGCGUACAUACGUUGGGGCGAGAAAUACAACUCUGAUGUCCUGCGUCUGAAUGUAUUAAGAGAUAACAUUAUCAUUGUGAACUCACUGGAAGCGGCAACCGACCUGCUGGACAAGAGGUCUGCGAUAUACUCAGAUCGACCCAAAAUGCCCAUGUUGAAUGAUCUGUGUGGGUUUGGCUGGAACCUGGCCUUUCGGCCAUAUGACAACACUUGGCGGAACGGGCGAAAGGUGUUCCAGCACGAGCUCGGCCCUCAGGUAGUGAGGCGCUUUCGCUGCCUCACAGAGCAAGCGACCCACAGGUUCUUGCGCAGCCUCCUCCAUGAGCCUGCGGCAUACAUGGAUCAUCUCCGCCACAUGGCAGGAUAUGGGGUUAUGCGAAUCGCAUAUGGGAUCGAAGUCGCAGAAAAAAAUGACCCAUACAUCGAAACUGUAGCACGCGUUGCCGAAGCGAUCGUGGAGGUCUGCCGCCCUGGUGCAUACCUAGUCGAUAUCAUGCCCUUCUUGAAGCAUGUUCCCGAAUGGUUCCCAGGCGCGAAAUUCCAGCGCGAUGCAAAGGUCUGGCGCAAGCUCAUGACAGACCAGCACGACAAGCCGUUCGAGUUUAUAAAAGAGCGUAUGAUCAGCGGCGACGCACCGGACUGCGCAGCAAAGUCUUUGCUGGAGAGCCUCGAAUCGGGUGAUAACACAGUGAACUACACCGAGGAUGACAUCAAGUUCGCUCUGGGUUCGAUGUACUCAGGAGCCUCAGAUACGAUUGUGUCGACGCUGGGAUCGUUCAUCUUAGGCAUUGUUCUAAAUCCUGCGAUUCAGACCAAAGCUCAAGAGGCGAUCGACAGAGUGUGUCCUGAUCGUUUGCCCGCGUUAGCCGAUAAGGACAACUUGCCCUACAUCGACGCUAUCGUGAAUGAGUCGCUAAGAUGUAAUCCGGUGAUACCGAUAGAUAUCCCGCAUCGCUUGACGGCCGAUGACGUUUAUCGGGGAUACUACAUUCCAAAAGGCUCUCUUGUACUGGCCAACACGUGGGCUAUCCUACAUGACGAGAAGACUUACCCGGAUCCCCUGUGCUUUAACCCGGACAGGUUCAUGAAGGACGGCAAGCUGGACCCCGCCGUGCGCGAGCCUGACGCGGCGUUCGGCUUUGGGCGAAGGAUCUGCCCGGGCAAACACAUGGCGCACGAGAUCAUGUGGAUUGCCGUAGCAUGCACGCUCGCGGCCUUCAGCAUUUCCAAGGCGAGGGACGAGCACGGGCGGGAAAUCACACCCAGCGGGGAGUACGAUGUGGGUUUCGCUUGCUAUCCGAAGCUGUUCGUGUGCGAUAUCCGCCCUCGCUCGCAGGAACAUGAGGCCCUCAUUCGAGCGACGACGGACGAGUUGUGAGCGGUUCGAGGAGCGUUUAGUAGAAACUAG